AUAACGGCUAACUAAAUAGCUGGAAUAACGGCUAACUAGAUAGCGGGGGUAACGGCUAACUAAAUAGCUGGAAUAACGGCUAACUAGAUAGCGGGGGUAACGGCUAACUAAAUAGCUGGAAUAACGGCUAACUAGAUAGCUGGAAUAACGGCUAACUAAAUAGCUGGAAUAACGGCUAACUAGAUAGCUGGAAUAACGGCUAACUAAAUAGCUGGGGUAACGGAUGUGCAGAUAACGAUGUUGUUUUCGGCCAGCGAGCUCACGCUGUGGUUUGGAGUGUCGCUCCUAGAGCUGCUGAUAUUCCUGACGUGCGGGACGGCGACGGCGGUGCUGGUGAUGCUCCGCCUGACGGGGGCGCUGACGUCUUCGUGGCUCGUGCUGCUGGCGCCGCUCUUCGUCAGUGACGCACUUAAUGCGUACUUCUGCGUCAUCGUGCUCAUACGCAUGUACCUGUACUCCAUGCUACGCCCCGGGGUACUGCGUACCAUGUGGAGUACAGGCGUCAUCGCCCUCAGUUUUGUGUUCAAGUUCCUCCUCUGCAGGAGGCUCGACGAUCCCGGGGGUCUUGAGUUCUCGGCCGUCCUCGCUCCUAUAUUUAUACUCCUGCAGAUGUUGAUGAUAAGGGCGUGUCACUUCAAGACGGGCGCUGACCUGGCAUGAUGAUAAGGGCGUGUCACUUCAAGACGGGCACUGACCUGGCAUGAUGAUAAGGGCGUGUCACUUCAAGACGGGCGCUGAAGUGGCAUGAUGAUAAGGACGUGUCACUUCAAGACGGGCGCUGACCUGGCAUAAUGAUAAGGCGUGUCACUUCAAGACGGGCGCUGACCUGGCAUGACGGGUUGAAGCCUGAUGACCAGGGCGAAAUAUUCACGUGGAUCAACUCACCCUUCCAUAUAUUCACCUGCGACUCAUCUAUCUAUACUUAAUGAAAAUGAAACGUUCUGUUCGUCGCAUGUGAACAAAUAUUGCAUGUAUGUCAUUAUUCACCGAACAUUUCUCGUUUACGACUGAUGACAAAACUGUCGAGCUUAGAGGCCAGAAUGUUAGGCUAGUUAGCCAUUGUAACAAGGCGGGCCCUAUCGUUAUCCUGUCUUAUCCUUCAUCCUUCCUUAGCUCGUCUUAUCCUUCAUCGUAUAUCCCAUGAGAAGGACUAGAUAAGGAUAAGCAGUGCAGCUUCAGUUGAGUUCUUAAUUUUUUUUUUCACUGAAAAAUUUGAUUCCGUUACUUUAGAAGAUGCACUUGUAUAUUCAUCUGUGAAUCUCAUUAGGUCCCUUUGACUCUACUAAUUAGAUGUUAAUUAUUAUUAUGGAUCUCAUUCAUUAGUAUAAAUCACUUAAUUCUUAAUAUUUCUACCUUUGCUAAACUGGUUGAAAGGUAAUAAAAAGUUUUUUAGUAAUCUCAGUGUAAUAUAAAAAGUAAUUAUGACAAUAUUCACAUAUGUAGCCAUGUUUGUACAUAUUCAUUAUACAAAAAAAUGUUACAUUUUCA